CCUAACCCUUCAGCACAAGGUGAAUCAACAAGAUGGAAGUGGGAACCACGUCAUCAUCAUCAGGCUUGGUGAAGGCCAAAUCUGAGACACUAUCAGAAGCUCUUAAGUCUAGUUCACUCAACUUCAGUAAUGGUGGGGGCAGUAGUCAUGGGAGAAAGCACCAUGUGAGAGCAUCGUCAUCACCGAGCCAAAGUGGCAGCAACAGCAACAACUACAGAAGGAACACACACAUAAGGAAGGCCAAGACUCUUGACCUUGGCCGUCUCACUGGUGGUGAGGCUCUUAGCCGAGCCUCUAGUGCUUCCCUUGGACUUUCCUUCUCUUUUACUGGCAUCGCUGUGCCACAUGAAGAAGAGAUCACUCCUUCAGAGAGAUCCUGCAGCAAUGAUGAUAACCUGGAAGAUAUUGAAGCAGUAACCAGUAAUGUGGUCAAGCUUAAUGAAGAACCAACAUUUCCAAUAUAUCUGAAGUUCAUAGAUAUCACAUAUAAGGUAACUUGUAAAGGAAUGAGAUCUUCAUCGGAAAAGAGCAUCCUGAAUGGGAUUAGUGGUUCAGCCUAUCCAGGGGAGCUUCUAGCCCUCAUGGGACCUUCUGGAAGUGGCAAAACUACACUACUCAAUGUGCUUGGUGGCAGAUCUAAUCAGCAUAACAUCGGUGGUUCGGUUAGCUACAAUGAUAAACCUUAUUCUAAGCACUUAAAAACCAGGAUUGGAUUUGUGACUCAAGAUGAUGUGCUUUUCCCUCACUUAACUGUAAAAGAAACACUAACCUACACAGCUCUUUUACGCCUUCCUAAGACUCUCACAAAGCAGCAAAAGGAGCAAAGAGCUAUCAGUGUUAUACAAGAGCUUGGUCUGGAAAGGUGCCAAGACACAAUGAUUGGAGGGUCAUUUGUGCGUGGUGUCUCAGGUGGGGAGAGGAAAAGGGUUUGUAUUGGGAAUGAGAUCAUGACUAAUCCUUCACUUCUUUUCCUUGAUGAACCCACUUCUAGUUUGGACUCUACUACUGCUCUAAAGAUUGUUCAGAUGCUACAAAGUAUGGCAAAGGCGGGGAAAACUAUUGUAACAACAAUCCACCAACCGUCAAGCAGGCUCUUUCACAGAUUUGACAAGCUGGUUGUACUCAGCAGAGGAAGCUUACUUUACUUUGGAAAAGCAUCAGAAGCACUGUCUUACUUCUCUUCCAUAGGAUGCUCUCCUCUACUCUCCAUGAACCCAGCAGAGUUCUUGCUGGACUUAGCUAAUGGAAACAUGAACGAUAUCUCCAUACCCUCAGCUCUUAAAGAGGAAACGAAAACGGGAAGUUCUUGCAGCAAGAUAAGAUCUUCUAAGCCAACUCCUACAGCUGUAUAUGAGUAUCUUGAGGAGGCUUACAGGACACAGAUUGAAGUCAAAGAAAAGAAGAGACUUAUGGAACCAGUUCCUCUUGAUGAAGAAGCUAAAGUGAUAACUUGUCCCAAGCGAGAAUGGGGAUUAAGCUGGUGGGAACAGUAUUGCAUACUUUCUUUAAGAGGGUUUAAAGAACGGAAGCAUGACUAUUUCAGCUGGUUGAGAGUCACUCAAGUUCUCACCACUGCAAUCAUCUUAGGUUUACUCUGGUGGCAAUCAGACAUUCAACAUCCCAAAGGUUUACAAGAUCAGGUAGGACUACUCUUCUUCAUUGCUGUUUUCUGGGGAUUCUUUCCGGUAUUCACAGCUAUCUUCACGUUUCCUCAAGAGAGAGCAAUGCUGAGCAAGGAACGAGAGUCUAAUAUGUAUAGAUUAAGUGCAUAUUUUGUGGCUAGAACCACAAGCGACCUGCCACUUGACUUGAUAUUACCUCUGGUUUUCCUGGUAGUUGUAUAUUUCAUGGCAGGAUUGAGAUUAAGAGCUGAAUCUUUUUUCCUAAGUGUACUCACAGUCUUCCUCUGCAUCAUUGCAGCUCAGGGACUUGGAUUAGCUAUAGGGGCAAGCUUAAUGGAUUUGAAGAAGGCCACAACUUUAGCAUCGGUAACUGUGAUGACUUUCAUGCUCGCUGGUGGCUACUUUGUGAAGAAAGUUCCGGUUUUUAUUUCAUGGAUACGUUACAUGUCAUUCAACUACCACACAUACAAGCUCCUUGUCAAGGUUCAAUAUGAACAAAUCAUGCAUGAUGUAAACGGAGAGGAGAUAGUGAAUGGGCUUAAGGAAGUGAGCGCUCUUGUUGCUAUGAUUAUUGGAUACCGUCUCUUAGCCUACCUUUCUCUUCGAAGGAUGAAGCUCUAUACUUCAAAUUAAACUUACUUGUAGAUAGACAUCUACAUAUAAUGUGUCCCCUUAGUUGAUAUGUUAUAU